AUGCUGCUUGACUUCCAGCAGUGUCAUCCAGACUGGGUCACGCAAGACAUACCCAAGCUCAAGGAAAACUGUGAGAGAUUCAUCAAUGAAAGGGGUAAAAACUUGCUGCACGAGCAUUUCCCGACAAGUCAGACGACCCCCAACACUGUUCUCGACGGCAGUCGUUCGUUCGGAGGGGUUGCCCGUCAGGGCACCGGUGACAGCAGCUUCCAAAAGAUAACCAGGAAGCUCACCGAACGUAUCAGGGCGAAGCGUAAUAUCCGUCAGUGA